AGGAAAGAGUCAGUUUAUCAUAGGCACCUCCCACCAUCUUUGUGGGAGCCCAAAUCCUAGCCAUGGCCAGUCCUACUCGUGACCUGUCCAUCAUUUUGGUCAUGCAUUUCAUUCUAUCCAUGGCCAGUCCAUCGCUUUCUUGUGUUAUUCCUUGUGAGUCUGAGAUAAACUUGCGUUUGUACUUGCACCAAAUUGCUGCUGGAUCAGGCACCAACCAGGUAGCAAUUGUCGCCUCGAGCCAACCAGCUGGGUUUGGUACGACCGCUGUUAACGACUGGACUGUGAUUGAUGGUCCAAACCCCGGUACUGCGACCAUUGUUGCCCGUACCAAAGGCAUGCAUGUGCAGGCUGAUGUAGGUGGUCCAGGCUGGUUCAACUACUUCAGCAUGGUGUUCGAGGACUCCAGGCGCCGUGGAUCGUCAUUUGAAGUAAUGGGGAUGAACCGAGCUCAAGAAGGCGAGAUGGCCAUUAUCGGUGGGACUGGAGAGUUUGCUAUGGCACGUGGGACCAUCAAGUACAGAGCACUCGCCAACCCCCCUCCGGGUCAAAGUAUUAAAGAACUCAAUAUUCAUGCUUUCUACGUCAAACCAGCUGGCACUAUAGCUGGCCCCACCAUCCAGUAAUAUGUUUGAAAACUACCUGGACAACCACGAUGGGUAGCUGUGGAAGCAGCUUUGCAAUGAUCCUGUCAAUGUUUCCUUUUCAAAUAAUCCGUGGAUUUCUAGCCAGUGAUAUUCCAUCAAUCCGAAGAUCCAUGUCCGACCGUUUGUUGUUGUUUUAAGAUGUAUGUUUGGUCUUGUGUUUGGAACAUAUGUCUUGUUGGUGUGUAUCGGAAAUAAAGAAGUUUGGUUGGUGUAGUAAAUUUAUAAUAUGAAAAAUCUUUCUCCUGUAGUGUGGAUCAUUACGUAUUUCACACUCACAGUUGAACUACACUGACGACCUAUACAUUUGUGAGGCUAGUGGUAUUUUUAAUCUCCGCCAUUUGUUAAUGCUCG